AUGGUUUCCUUUCCGGAUUCCAAACCUAAACAAUCGCGCUUCAAAACUUACCUCGCCGUCGCCGCCGGCCUGGUCCUACUACUCGUCUGGUCCAUCACUUCCGAAAAGCAUGUUUCCGCCGGACUCGCAAAACUUCGCGGCGACAAUCCGCCCGCCCCGGCCGGCGAGCCAGACGAUCUCUUCAUCGGCUUCAAGGAAUUCUUCCAGGACGACCUCGAGAAUUCGAACCCGACCUUUGACGCGCGGAACCUGAGACGCUUCAUGCCGCACAACUACGGCGCCGAGGAGAAGUACACAUUUGCGACCUACCUCUCCACUCGCAAUGGUUCCAUGCAUGAUCCGUAUUUCGCCGCCGCCCAACAGCUGGUGUAUCGCAUGUUGUGGGACCCCGAGAUCAAGUCGAAAUAUCCAUUUACCGUCUUCGUGGCGCCGCAUAUUCCCGAUUCACAGCGGGAUAUCCUCGCGGCUGCGGGAGCGAUUAUUCGCGAGUUGGAAUUGGUACCGUGGCACGCGGAGGCGAUCACUAAUGCUCGAUGGCGUGAUAUGUUCUCCAAACUCAACAUUUGGGCCCAGGUCGAUUUUGAGAGAGUCGUCCUCUUAGAUACCGAUGCGUUCCCCAUUGAGAACAUCGAUGGCAUUUUCGAUGUCCUGGAGGAACGCGAAUGCAAACGCGAUCUUAUUCCCAAGACUGAGAAGCACGAGCGGAAAGUCAAGCCCGAACUCGACUCCGCCUGCACGUACGUCUUCGCCGCUGUCGAGCACAAAUUCAGCCAGUUCAAUGGCGGCGUGCUCGUCGCGAAGCCCAACCUCGCCAUGCACGCGCGCCUCCUGCGACACAUCCACACGGACAAUUUCGGCGCGCAGACCAUGGAACAAGCCUUUCUGAACGAAUUCUUCAAACAAGAUGGGCCCUUUCCCGCGCAGCUCAUCGACCGCACCUGGAACGGUUUCGUGCCGCAGGAGGACGAGGAGGGCAAAUUGAAAGUCUUCCACGACAAACUUUGGAAGAUGGACGGCUGGCUCGAUCGAAAUAUCACUUGGGCCAAGGGCAUGUUCAACCGCUCCUGGGACGACAUGUUGGGGCUUUAUGAGAGUGGGGAGUUCGUCGGGGUGAGGAGACAGGAUGGUGUGAGACUCUAUUAG